AUGACCGAAGGGGCCCAAGCGGUGUUCCCUGAGCACGAUGUUUCGACAUCCUUCCACUUUGCGAAGCAGGAAGAGGAUGUGAUUGCCUACUGGAACGCCAUUGACGCGUUCAAGACGUCGCUGGAGCAGCCGAAGGGCAAGAAGCCCUUCUCGUUCUACGACGGACCGCCUUUCGCGACGGGCCUGCCGCACUACGGCCACCUACUCGCCGGUACGGUGAAGGAUAUCGUGACGCGCUUUGCGCACACGACCGGCCACUACGUGGACCGCCGCUUCGGCUGGGACUGCCACGGUCUUCCUGUGGAGCACGAGAUCGACAAGAAGCUCGGUGUGCGCGGCAAGGACGACAUCCUGAAGAUGGGCAUUGCGAACUACAAUGCCGAGUGCCGCUCGAUCGUGAUGCGCUACCAGGCCGAGUGGCGCGCGACGGUGCAGCGCAUGGGCCGUUGGAUCGACUUCGACAAUGGCUACCGCACGAUGGACACCAACUUUAUGGAGUCGGUCUGGUGGGUCUUCAAGCAGCUCUUUGAAAAGGGCCAGGUGUACCGCGGCCUGCGUGUCAUGCCCUACUCGAACGGCCUCACCACGCCCCUGUCCAACUUUGAGGCAGGCAGCAACUACAAGGAGGUGCAAGACCCUGCCGUGACGGUCGCAUUUGUGCUGAAGGACGACCCCACGACGGCAUUCCUCGCAUGGACUACGACCCCGUGGACCCUCCCGUCGAACCUCGCGGUGUGCGUUCACCCCGACUUUGACUACGUCAAGAUCUUUGACGAGGAACGCCAGCGCAACUUCAUUGUCUGCGACAAGCUCCUGACGACCAUCUACAAGGACCCGAAGAAGGCCAAGAUCAAAAAGGUGGCGACCUACAAGGGCAAGGAGCUCGAGGGAAUCAAGUUUGUUCCCCUCUACGACUACUUCUACGAGGAGUUCAAGGACCGUGCGUUCCGCGUGCUCGUCGACGAGUACGUCACGGCCGACACUGGUACCGGUGUCGUGCAGCAGGCGCCCGCCUUUGGUGAGGACGAUUACCGCAUUGCCGUCGCCAACGGCGUCAUCGACAAGGAGACGCAGCCUCCGUGCCCGCUCGACGAGUCCGGCCGCUUCCUGCCGGUGGUCAAGGACUUUGCAGGCGAGUACGUGAAGGAUGCCGACAAGGCCAUCCAGAAAGACCUCAAGGCGCGCGACCUGCUCAUUGUGCAGAGCGUCAUCCGCCACUCGUACCCCUUCUGCUGGCGCUCGGGCACGCCCCUCAUCUACCGCACGAUCCCGGCGUGGUUCGUUCGGGUGGAGAACAUCACCGACAAGCUCAAGGAGAACAACAAACAGACGCGCUGGGUGCCGCAGGCUAUCGGCGACAACCGUUUCGGCAACUGGAUUGCCGCGGCGCGCGACUGGAACGUGUCGCGUAACCGCUACUGGGGUACGCCGAUCCCCCUGUGGGUCAGCGAUGACCUCGAGGAGAUUGUGUGUAUCGGCUCGAUCGAGGAGCUCGAGGAGCGUUCCGGCGUCAAGGGCCUUCACGACCUUCACCGUGACCACGUCGACCAGCUCACGAUCCCCUCGUCGCAGGGCAAGGGCCAGCUGCGCCGUAUCGAGGAGGUGUUUGACUGCUGGUUCGAGUCGGGCAGCAUGCCCUACGCGCAGGCGCACUACCCCUUUGAGAACCAGGACAAGUUCAAGGGCAGCUUCCCUGCGGACUUUGUUUCCGAGGGUCUCGACCAGACCCGUGGCUGGUUCUACACGCUGCUGAUUCUCGGUACGCACCUCUUUGGCACUGCCCCGUGGAAGAACCUGAUCGUCUCGGGUCUGGUGCUUGCUGCCGACGGCAAAAAGAUGAGCAAGUCGCUGCGCAACUUCCCCGACCCCACGCUGGUGAUUGACCGGUACGGUGCGGACGCUGUGCGCAUGUACAUGAUCAACUCGCCGAUUGUGCGUGCCGAGAACCUGCGCUUCCGCGAGGAGGGCGUGAAGGAUAUCAUUGCCUCGGUUUUCCUGCCGUGGCUCAACAGUUUCCGCUUCUUCCUUGCGCAGGUUGUGUUGCUGAAGAAGGACACCGGCAUCGACUUCCAGUACGACCCCAAGGCGGCGCUCUCGGAGAACGUCAUGGACCGCUGGGUGCUUGCGCGCUGCCAGAGUCUCAUCGCCUUUGUGCGCGUCGAGAUGGAAAACUACCGUCUGUACACGGUGGUGCCCCGCCUCCUGACGAUGAUCAAUGAGCUGACGAACUGGUAUAUCCGCUUCAACCGCAAGCGUCUUAAGGGCGAGAACGGCGAGGCGGACACCAUUGCGGCGCUGAAUACGCUCUUUGAGACGCUCAUGACCGUGUGCCGUACCAUGUCGUCGUUCACGCCGUUCAUCACCGAGAACCUGUACCAGGGCCUGCGCAAGUUCCUCCCGCCCCAGGCGGAGGGCGACGAGGUGGACUACCGCUCGGUGCACUUCCUUCCCUUCCCCGAGGUGCGCCAGGACUGCCAGGACCCCGUGAUUCAGCGCCGCUUUAGCGCGCUGCAGAGCGUCAUUGAGCUUGGCCGUGCGAUGCGUGAGAAGAAAAACCUGCCGCUGCGUGUGCCGCUCAAGGAGCUCACCGUCUUCCACUCGGACAAGCAGUACCUCGACGACGUCCAGUCGCUCGCCGGCUACGUCGAGGAGGAGCUCAACAUCCGCGACCUUGUCCUGUCGCAGGACGAGGAGCGCUGCGGUGUGCGCUUCAAGCUGCUGGCCGACUGGCCGACGCUCGGCAAGAAGCUGCGCAAGGACAUGGGCAAGGUCAAGAAGGGUCUUGACCAGGUCAACUCUGCGCAGGCGAAGGAGUACAUGAACACGAACCAGAUCAUCAUUGAGGGCAUCACGCUCGGCGAGGGUGACCUGCGUGCGCUGCGCUACGUCGACGAGACGGCGCUUCCCUCGACGGUCCUGAGUGACACCGACGGCCAGGUCGUCGUGCUGCUCGACAGUGAGGUGCAUCCCGAGCUCCAGGCGGAGGGUGCGGCGCGCGAUGUGAUCAACCGUAUCCAGCGCCUGCGCAAGAAGGCGGGCCUGCAGCCGACCGACUCCAUCGACUACUUCUACCGUUUCACCGACGGCAUGGGCGAGGCGCUGGAUGAGGUGAUGAAGUCGCAGUCGGACGUCUUUACGCGCAACCUGCGCCGCGUGCCCCGCCCUGCGGGCGAGCUCGCGAGCGACGCAGAAGUUGUCUUCGAAGAGGAGCAGGAGGUCAACGAGACCAAGUUCAUGCUCACGCUCGUGCGUGCAUAA